ACACUCCCCUUUAAGAUGCGUCUGUCAUCUCGCCGUUAAUGGAAAGUCAUUCUGGCUGCUUCCUGCGGUGCACGAGGAGAUCAGUUCCUGCUGGCGCGAGGAAGGAGGGGGAAAAAAAAAGAAAAAAAACUACGGUGGUGCAUUUUGUGUCGGCCGACAAACCUCCAGGAAGGAAGGGGAGGAGGACAGGCCCCGCCGAGGGAGACGGAAAUGAGAGGGGGUGUCCAAAGAGGAAACCCUAUCCCUUUAAGAGCAAGUGGGACAUAGCGGUGCGAGAAAAGGAGAGGAGGGGGAGAAGAAAGAGGAAUUAAAAAAGAAAAGGAAGAAAGAGACAGGGAGGGAGGAGGGAGAGCGGGCGAUAAAAAAAGAAAGAUGACAUCCUCGCAGCUGAACGGCCGAGGUGGAGCGAUAGGCUGCGGCCCGGCGAGAGCGCCGCUCGCCGGGGUCAGGGCUUGAAUCCAACAACGAGGCUUCGACAAAACACCCGAUUGGCCUAUUGGGAGAAAUCGGAAAAAUAGAUUCAUAAAUUAAAAACAAAGCAUGAGCUGCUGUGCUGACAGAUACGUGUGUUAUAACCCAUAUUUGUUCUCUUGCGUAAAAAUGCAUUUUUUUUUCUCCACGUAGAAUGGUUUAUGUUUAUUGCGAAAGUGUGAGACUGUAAUAUGCGAUUUAAAAAAUUUUUUUAAUGGUUUUUGAAAGCAGUUGUGUUGUGUGGUAUUGCGUUUGAGUAAGAUUAGUGUUGAGUGAACUAAAGUUAGGAACCAAAGUGAAAAGAGAAACAGGCCAUUGUUGGACCUGGCCUGCUCCGCUGCUGCCUGAGCCGCCGCAGCCUGCGUUAGUCAACAGCUGCGUGCAUUUUAAUCGACAGCAUUAGGGCUACCUCAGUGACAAAAAACAUAUUUUUGCACACGACUUUAUUCACGUUUUUCAAAAGCAAAUCCAGAAGCCCGUCGUUUUCUGCUGCGGGACAGGCGCCUGUUUGCGCCUCAAUCACCGGUGGGCCGAUCCAAAACCAUGCAAAGGCUGCCCUGCCCGAUCUCAAUCAGGAGCUGACUUUAUAAUCUCCAUCGCGCAAAAUGGAUGCUUCUUGGAGCAAUUUUCUCUUCCAGAAUACUCCCACCCAAAACCAAGUGGACGGGAGCCUCCAAUCAGAGCUCAUGCCCGUGCAUACGAGUUCUCCCCAAACCCCACCCACAGAGCACAUAGCACAGCCUCCCUCCACUGUGGACACUGCUGCUCUCAGUGAGGAGCCCCUGCCUGGUGAGGGACACUGCACGGCAUCCUACACCUGUGGAGCUGACGAGACUACAUACAUUACACUUAACUCUAAACUGCAUAACUGCCAGUAUUUGAGUCACUCAGUGAAGCCAGUGUCUCGGCCGGCCCGCAUGCCCCACAUCUGUGCCAUCUGCAACAAGCAGUUCAAGAACAACUACAACCUGCGGCGGCACCAGUCGGUCCACACUGGGGUACGCAUGAAGGACAGGGCCAGAGAGCAGGCGCAGGGGGCAAAGGAGGGAGCAACCGGCCAGGUGGCGGUGGCGGCCCCGUCGGCGAUGGCGGUGGGGGCUGGAGGGAGGGUGGAGAGGCCCACUGUUCCCCUCUCCCUGCUACACCUCUCCGCACCUCCCCCUCUCGCCCCUCCUGUCGUGCUGGCGGGGGCCCAGCAGCUUCCCCUGGGUAGUCAGGAUGGUGAAGGGGUGGCCAUGGCUAACGUAAUGGCUAGUGUUAACCCCCAUGCUCCGCCUCCUGCUGCUGUCGUCAUGGCCACAGGGGCGACAGUACAGCGGCCUGCGAAUCCCAACCCGAACCCGGUGAGGAAGAACCACGCCUGCGAGACAUGUGGGAAGGCCUUCCGCGACGUUUACCACCUCAACCGCCACCGCCUAUCCCACUCGGACGAGAAGCCGUUCUCGUGUCCCAUCUGCCAGCAGCGCUUCAAGAGGAAGGACCGCAUGAGCCAUCACGUGCGCUCCCACCAGGGAGGGGUGGAAAAGCCCUACGUCUGCCCCCACUGUGGCAAGGCUUUCUCCAGGCCUGACCAUCUAAACAGUCACGUCAGACAGGUACACUCCUCGGAGCGACCCUUCAAAUGCCCGACCUGUGAGUCCAGCUUUGCCACGAAGGAUCGUUUGCGUGCGCAUAUGAUUCGCCACGAGGAGAAGGUCCCGUGCCACAUCUGUGGCAAGCUCCUGUCUGCUGCUUACAUCACAGAUCACAUGAGGGUGCACAACCAGUCACAGCACCACGCUUGCCAUCUCUGUAACCGCAGCUUCACCACACUGACGUACCUUCGUGUCCACGCCCAGAAGCACCAUGGGCAGGAGUGGAAGGACAGUCCGGGGGGCUUCGGCACAACCUCCGGUGGAAUACUCGUGUGCCACCUGUGCGGCAUCCACUGCAAGACUCCCACCCAGCUCCAGGGGCACAUGGGCACCCACAGCAACAUCCAGGGUGCCCCGAGCCCCAUCACCUCUAACGUGGCUGCCAGCAGCUCUGUCUCCCUCAGCAACAUGGUGACGGCGCCUACCGUGUACGUCACUGGCAACACGGUGGUGGACCUGCUUGUCACGGACUGCUCGAGCAUUGCAGCUCCACAAUCCCACAGUUAGCAGUAGAGAGCUCAGCAAUAAUAACCUCAGUCCCUUAACAGAGGGCAAGGUUAGAGACGGUUAAAGUCACGCGUAGAUGCUGAUCCGGUGUCAGUUUUGUAAUGUCCCCACUUCUAGGUAUGGUUAGGAUUAAAAAAGUGGGGGAGAUUAACUCCAGUCCAGGGCAGUAUCUCCUCACAGCUGGAGCGUCAGUGAAAAGGAGGCUGUAUUAAUAGAGCAGUGAAGUCAUGGAAAGACGGACCUUUGUGGCUGCAGCAGGUUCAAUGACACCAACGACAAACAUGGAUGUGUUGUCCAAAUAUUCCUGAAUGCUCUCGUGCAUUUAAGACACCAGUGGAACUGUGGUAUUGUGGGCAUCUACUGUAUUACUCUCCCCUCUCUCUCUCUCUCUCUCUCUCUCUCUCUGUCCCUCCCCUCGAACCCUGGCUGCUCUCUGCAAGUGCACCAAGUACUGUAUAUCUCACACCAGCUCUGAUCUUACCUCCAUUUUGCAGCUCACUUUCUAAGAAUCCAAAUGGCUUGCGUUAAGAAGUAGUAGAGAGAGAAUAGCUCAGAAACCAGUAGAAAGGAGAGUUGUGUGUUUUGGUUGUGUGUGUGUGUGUGUGUGUGUGUGUGUGUGCGUGUGUGUGUGUGCGUGCGCAAGUCAGGGCUCCGCUAGCAUGUUAGCUUGUUUGUUCACAAAACUAAAAUCAUAUGACUUUUUUUUUUUUUUUGCAAAGCUGUAAUGCCAGGUUAAUAAGUCUCCAGAGGGCUGUUUAUUGAUCAGGAUGGAAGGCCAUACGUGUUGUGGCCAGUAUGGAAAUGUGGGAUGUACUUGUUCAUUUGUUUCCUAAAGGUACAGAGAUACAAACAGAGUCGUGUUCAGGAAUGUCAAGCACCUUAAGUCGUUAUUCUUUGAUUCAGCAAGGAUCGAAAUGGGCUUGAGAUGUCUUGGAUUUUCUUGCUCUGAGUCUUCCUCUCUUGGUCUGGCCAUUUAAAGAAAAAAAAAAAGAAACAUAACUGCUCAUCAACACUCUAGCUUCUGACAUGGCAAUUCUUGCACUCGAAAACGUACCUUUUGCAUGAAUUUAAGCUCGGUCAUGCUUAUUGUUAGGGAGCUGUCAUGACAAAAAGAAACCUUUCGCAGUUCCACCAAGUUAGUUGGCUGUAAACAAUAAUAUUUAUUAAAAAAAGUGUUGAUUUUA